UCUCAUGGCAUAAAGGUGUGGUGGAAGCCAGCAAGUUCAUAUUGAAUGGCUGAGGAAAGUACUGCAGUUGGGGCAGAGGCAGCCAGGGCCGCUCUUGAGGCAUCAGCGUCAAUCACUGGAGGGGCCCUCUCAGUCUCAUUGAAAAUUGACAGCCCCAUUGUGGCAGGAGUUGCCUUGGCAGCGGGUGCGGCGGUGACGUUGGGUGCAUUUUAUUUACGUUACAGGUGGAAAACAGAAAAUGCGAUUAGAAAUAGCCUAGAAAGAAUGAAUGCGAUUGGAGCAGCUGAUCCUGAGGUCACAAAUAUUGAAGAAGGUUCCAUCAUUGUGAAACUACGUUGCCAUACACCGCAGAGUGUACUACAAUUUGUGAAGGACUUUAAGGAGAAGAAAGUGAAGCGUCGAUUGGAAGAAGAGCUAAAAAAAAUUGGAUUUGACAAAGAGUUAGAAGUAACUAUCGUAAAUGGCCAAGAGGUAUUCCAGAGAGAACAAGAACUAAGGUCUUUACUUGAACCUCAAGAAGACGUAAAAGUAACUGUUGAGGAAGUUAGCCUAGGGGCAGGGAAGGCACCAGAAGACUGGUUGAAGAAGAUGAAAGAGGAGAUGAAGUGGCUAGAAGAGCCUAAGAAGAUAGAGGAAGACCCUCCAAAGUCGAUGGAAGAGAGAGAAAAGUGGUUUAAAGAGGGAGCGAAGUGGUUGAAAGAGAGAGAGAAGAGAGAGAGAGAAGUGGUUGAAAGUGAGAGAGAAGAGGUCGGAAGAGAGAGAGAAGUGGUUGGAAGAGAAGUGGUUGGAAGAGAGAGAGAAGUGGUUGGAAGAGAAGUGGUUGGAAGAGAGAGAGAAGUGGUUGGAAGAGACGUGGUUGGAAGUGAGAGAGAAGUGGUUGGAAGAGAGAGAGAAGAGGUUGGAAGAGACAGAGAGGAGGAAGCUAGAGACAGAGAGGAGGAAGCUAGAAACUUUAAAGUUGAUGCCAGAGGAAGUGUGGAGUUUGCCAGAGGGAGCGAAGUGGUUGAAAGAGAGAGAGAAGAGGUUGAAAGACCCUUCAAAGUUGAUCCCAGAGGCAGAGAGGAGGAGGCUAGAGACAGAGAUGAGGAAGCUAGGGAGAGAGGAGAGGUUGCAAGGGGCAGGGAAGACACCAGAAGCGCAUUCUAUGCACUUAAACUGAUUUAA